UUUAAUAGAUCAUUGCCUAAGUAAAUAGAACACACAUUGUCAACUAUUCAGUUGUGCAAAAUACAUCAAAUAGAUGACCUCACGUUUGUAGCAUAAGUUCCUACUUUUUAAUAAUAAGUGAAGAAAAAAAUCGUCUAAUGAUUUGGGAAGUUUUUGCAUUGUGGUUAACGUCAGUUGUUUCAACAACAUUACAAUCUCAAAAUGUUGAAACUGACAGUACAAGCAUAGUCGUUCCAGAUGGUUGGCCAUACGUAAUAAAUGAAUAUAAUAUGUCUGAACAGUCUCCAGUAGACAUAUCAACGAAGCAUGCUGUAAGAAGAUUUUUACCAUUUUUGCGUACAACUGGCUAUUGGACUCUAGAAAAUUCUCAAGUAGAAAUUAAAAAUACUGGUCACACAGUUAGAGUUCAAUUGGCUAAUACUUCUGAUGAAAUACCAUAUGUUUCUGGAGGGCCUCUAUUUGAUGCCAAAUAUGAGUUUGUACAAUUGCAUUUCCAUUGGGGCAAAGAUGAUUUUGGAAGUGAACACAAGGUCAAUGGUCAUCAAUAUGCUAUGGAAGUUCAUAUUGUCCACUACAAAAAAAAGUAUGGUUCAUACGAAAACGCCCAAAAUUUCAUAGAUGGAAUUUGUGUGAUUGGAUUUUUUGGACAAGUAACAACGCAAAAUAAUCUCGAGAUGACAAACUUCGUUGAUGAUUUAAAAUUUAUAGAAAAUAUGAAUACAUCCAUUAUUAGACCAUUUAAAGAAGAAUUUUCUUGGAUAAAGGACACUGCAUUAAAACAACAUUAUUACACUUACCAUGGAUCUUUAACGACACCACCAUAUGCUGAAUGCGUUAUUUGGAUUAUAUUUACGAAACCUAUACCAAUAUCAAGAGCACAGUUAAAAAAGUUCAGAAAUUUACAUUCAAGCAAAAACGGCAUCUUAAUAAAUGAAAAUGAUCGACCUUUACAACCAUUCAAUGAUCGACCAAUUGUGUACGGAUACUGAAGGAAUAUCUCGUCUUAAGUUUUCGAUUAUAAAAUUAAAAGAUUAAACUCAUAAAUUUAAUUAAAUUAAAGUUAUUAAAAUGAAUUUAUUUGCAAGUGAUAAUUUAAAAUGUAUAACUUAUAACAUUUUAUAUAGUAUAAUGGUAAGUGUAUUUUAGUAAUUUAGUAUUUAUUAUUUAUUCUCCAAAUUGGUUUAACUGAAAAAUAUCGAUUAGUUAUUUAAUGAUGUGAUGAUAUUAUUUAUAAAAUAAAGUUUUAUUAUAACCCA